AUGGCCCCAUACUAUCAUAUUCUGAUAUUCAAUUUUACGGCGGUGAAAUUGGAGAGCGCUCACGUGGGUCGCACGAGGUACUUGGUGGUGGUAUGUCGCAGCAACGAAGCAGCACUUCUUGGCAUCGACUGCAACCACCAAACCACUGUCGGCCUGGCACUCCGCGUGCUCGCAGAUACUUCUAUCAAGCUCGACGGCGAUGGAGGGUUCAGCGUCUGUGUGUGCAAUCAGCAACACAUAUUCAAGCCGGUGUCUGUUCAGGCCAUGUGGUCAGCGCUGCAAACUCUACACCGCGCGAGUGCAAAGGCCCGCGAGCUGAAUCACUUCGCCGGUGGGUCGUCACACGCGUGGUGCGCUUACUACGAGAGCCAUGUGGACUCCGACCGCUCCUGCCUUAACGAGUGGCAUGCUAUGGAUAGCUUGGAGUCUCGACGUCCACCAUCGCCGGAUUCUUUGCGACUGAAGCCAAGAGAACGGGACGAGACGGAGCGGGUGAUUCGCUUCACGCUCAAGGAAAUCAUGAUGAGCGUCGACUUAGACGAGGUGACCAGUAAAGUGAUUCGUGGACGGCUGGAGGACGAACUAGAUAUGGACCUCGCGGAGUACAAGUCCUUCAUUGACCAUGAGAUGCUCACAAUACUGGGACAGAUGGACGCCCCCACAGAGAUUUUCGACCACGUCUACCUCGGCUCCGAAUGGAACGCUAGCAAUUUAGAGGAAUUACAACGGAAUGGGGUUAGACACAUACUGAACGUGACGAGAGAGAUAGACAACUUCUUUCCCGGCAUGUUUGACUAUCUGAACAUAAGAGUUUAUGAUGAUGACAAGACUGAUCUACUAAAACAUUGGGAUAAUACAUUUAAGUACAUAAACAAGGCCCGAAACGAAGGCUCCAAAGUUCUCGUCCAUUGCAAAAUGGGUAUCAGCAGGUCGGCGUCUGUCGUGAUAGCGUACGCUAUGAAGGCAUUUAAUUGGAAUUUCGACAAAGCUCUCAAAUACGUCAAGACAAAAAGAAGCUGUAUCAAACCUAACACAAAUUUUCUCAGUCAGCUCGAGACCUACCAGGGUAUAUUGGAUGCCAUGAAAAACAAAGAAAAGCUGCAAAGAUCUAAAUCUGAGACCAAUCUUAAAACACCUAAAACAGUUUCGAAAACCGAAAGCAAAGUGACAGACCCGACUCCUCUAGUCCUCGCUUUAACAGGCUCAUAUUCGGGCCGACCGCGCUCCUGGUCACCAGAUACCAAACUUGCGUCGGAACUGCUACCUCCAACUUCUGUGUCACUCGAAAACUUGGCAUCCGAAACUCGCCACAUGCUCAUGCCGUGUGCCAACGGCAGCUACAGUGUCUCGCCCAACCAGAUAAUUAGGCUCAAGGAAGAGGGAGCUCCGUCAGUCAAACAUAUAGUGAAUGAAAUAGAGAAUGCAUCGUCAGGGGAAAGAAGAGACUUUAGAAGGUACCAGAGAUUAAAUUUUGGAACUCAACUAGUUCCCAAUGAGACACCUAGCAACAGGUCAUCAGAUGCGUCUAUGGGCUCAAGUACGCAAUCGGAGACAUUGGGCAAGCCUCCGCAAGUCUCACCAUCCAGAAAUUCAAAUCAAAAAUGUCCUCAUCCCAAUUUUGAAGCGAACAAAAUUCACACUUGGGACCCCGGGGAAGCGACAUGGCCUAAAGGCGAAGAUAACAGGAAUAUUAAUGACAGUGACAAUAUAGUGAAAAGUGAUAGUGGUAUUAUAGACGUAAAAACGAAAAUAAAUGACGCUUUAUAUAAUUCCGUAGACCGCAAUUUAGACAGUGACGAGAGGCGACCGAACGAUGAGGAUCUUCCACCGCCGAGCCGGCAGAGUUCGUGGAGCUCGUUCGACAGCGCCGUCGUUCCCGAUUUGUCGCGGCACUCCUCCUGGGGCUCGUACGACACGCGAGCCACCCGCGUCGCACGGGACGACGCGGCCAAGCGCCGCGAGGUCAAGGAACGCAGCGACGAACGCGCGCCGCGGAAGGACGACGAGAAGUGCGACGCGCAGCGGCUCGCCCCCGAGCUCGGCAUCAUAAGUGAGCACACCGAACGCAAAGGCGGGCGGCGAAAGGUUGACCGCACUCCGGCCGACAUAUCGGAUAACGAACGCAAAUUCAACGAAACGUGUGCCAUAUUGAAGGAGCUCGCCAACGCAGCGGCGCGCAUGGAACGCACGCGCGGCCGCGGCGCUUCCACGUGGAGCGGGCGCCUGUCGGCGUCGGCGCCGGCCGACACGUGGCUGCGCGCCGGCCCGCGCCGUCGCCGCCUGGCCGCCGCCUCCCACGGCGACCUGCCGCGCGCCGCCGCCCCGGUGGCUCCCCCGGCCUCGCCCGUGUCCGCGGCCGGCCUCGUCAGCAACCUGAAAAAGGAGUUCGAGGCCCGCCUGGAAGGCGACAUGGCCCGACGGCCGCAGGCGCGCACCAGGGUGCCCGUUGCGGGGGACGCUCGCGAGCGACCGCCCUCGUCGCCGCCUGCCGGAGAAGACCUGUCCGUCAAAGUGUUGGUCGACCGGUACGACCAGCCGGGCCGCGCGCGCAGCGAGUCGAGCUGCGAGCCGCGGGCCAAGGCGCCGCACGAGUCGGUGUCGAAGAAGUCCCGCCUGGCCGAGGAGGGCCGGCGCGGCGCCGCGCUGCGUAACUCGUUCUGCGGCGCCGUGCGCGGCGAGCGGCCGCCCGUCGCGCCCACCGUGGUCUCCGCCCCCAUCGACUAUCCCAACGUGGUAGUUUCAACUGUGAUGUCGAAAGCUCAAAAUAAGAAACAAUUGCAACACGGAAAGACCCAUCCGUUGACGAGGCUCAACUUGAAUCGGUCGAAUAAUCGAUGUUCAAAUCCUGUAUAUAAUACUAUGUAGAAGUAUUUAUGUUUUUAUUUAUUAUGAAUUCUUGCCAAACUCGAUAUUUUAUCUUCUAGAGUUUUAUAUAAAUUUACAAAUCACAGUGUAUUUGUCUAUCACGUAAAAUAUAUUAAGCGGCUGUUUGUGCGUAGAGAAAUGUUAAAAGAGAGAAUAAAUUCAAUACAACAGAUGUAC